CAAAAUCAUUCUAGUCAAUCCUAUUGGUUAGUUGGCGUGGGAUAGCAUCAAAGCGCCACGUCUAAUCACGGCUUCUUAUAUACCGGAAACAUCUAGAGUUCUCCUAACCCCGCGAAACAAUAAAUGCGCGCUCCUUAAAUUUUAAUCUCCUCCGACUCUCGCAAACGAAAAACCCGACGAAACGACGCUCUCCGGGGACGUUCCGUUUCUCCGUUCAGAUAUAAAAGAAGAUGAAUCCGCGCUUUACAUUGUCGGUGAUUUUGGUGUUAUUAUGCUUAUCUCUGGUUUUGUUAACGGACGAAGCGAAAACUAUCGACCCUUACAAGGUUCUUGGGGUUGAGAAAAAUGCAAGUCAACGUGAAAUACAGAAGGCUUUUCACAAGCUUUCUCUUCAAUAUCACCCUGACAAGAAUAAAAACAAGGGUGCUCAGGAGAAGUUUGCUGAGAUUAAUAAUGCAUAUGAGAUACUAUCAGAUGAAGAGAAGAGGAAAAAUUUUGACUUGUAUGGAGAUGAGAAGGGCAAUCCUGGAUUUGAUGCUGGAUAUACUGGCAACCAGGGUGGAUAUACUUAUUAUACUAGUGGUGGACAGGGGCAAAAUGGGUUUAACUUUAGACGGAAUGAAUGGCAAAAUAUGGGGGGGCAGGGAGGUUCAAAAUCAUUCUCAUUCUCCUUUGGUGGUCCCAGUUCUCAGAGUUCAUUUGGUUUUGGCCUGAAUGAUAUUUUCUCCAAUCUUUUUGGGGGUGAUGUUGGUGGGGGUCAUUUUGGUGGCUCUGGUGGCUCUGCUAGGUCUCGGUCUAGUUCUCAAUCUGGCUCUGGAAGCUCCUUUAAGAGCAUCAGGAACAUAAAUUCUAAAAUGUUUAAGAAAGAAAUUGCUGACCAAGGAAUGACUUGGCUUUUGUUAUCCUAUAAUCCCUCAUUGAGGGGUAGUCAUUAUCAUGAAUCAAUUAUACAAGAGGUUCUUGAUUCAUUGCAGGGAGCUCUAAAGGUGGGGAGCAUAAAUUGUGAAACUGAAAAGUCUUUGUGUACUGAACUAGGCAUCCAUCCCCGCCAAAUGCCAAGGGUAUUUGUGUAUUCCUACAGAGCAAGUGAUAAGGGAUCUCUGGUGGAGUACAAAGAUGAUUUGGUUGCUCGGAGUUUGAAAACAUUUUGCCGAGAUCAUUUGCCAAGGUUUUCAAGGCGGAUUGACCUGAAACAGCUCGAGUCUUUCUCUGGUAUCAGGGAACCUAGAGUCUUGCUUCUUUCCACAAAAAAAGAUACACCUGUAAUCUGGCGUGUUCUUAGUGGUUUAUAUCAGAAACGCUUCAUAUUCAAUGAUAUAGAGGUUCAUGAUGUGACUGAACCAAUGGCAAAGAAGUUGGGAGUUGAUGCACUUCCAGCUAUAGUUGGGUGGUUGUCAAAUGGGGAGAGGCAUGUCUUAAAAGUGGGGAUUUCUGUGAAAGAUUUGCAAUCUGCAGUUCACGAUCUUAGCGCCAUACUUGAUGAUUUUGAUAAAAAGAAUAAGAAGGAAGCAUCAAGACAGGGCAGAAAGCAGGAUGAUGUUAUUGAGAAACAGGUGCCUUUAUUGACAAGGGACAAUUUUGAAGCUCUGUGCGGAGAGAAAACCCCUGUUUGCAUUAUAGGUGCUUUCAGAUCUUUAAAAGCAAGGGAGAAGCUGGAAUCCAUUUUAACUAUGGUCUCUCAAAAACCACUGUCAAGGCAACGAAAUGCAGCAUUGGGAUCCAAGGAUUCCAUUUCCUAUUCUCUGUUAGAUGCUAACAGGCAACAGGCGUUCUUAAAUGGUUUUGAGAAAUCUGGAUUUAAAUCAUCAGAUAAGUUAUUGUUGGCCUACAAACCGCGGAAGGGGAAGUUUGCUACAUUUGAAGGCGAAAUGAUUGCAGAGAACGUAGAGGGGUUUAUCAGCUCUGUGUUCAAUGGAGAUGUACAAUUUACCGAGACACGGCAGAAGCCAGUUGUUAAAUGAGACAGCUAAAGGUAACAAUUUUUGAUGUAAAUAGCCAAUAGUGAUAAAAUCAUCAUUACUUGAUCAUGUUGAGAGUAGGUAUAGCGCUUGGUCGCCAAUGCUGUUUUUCGGGUAUCUAGUAGUAUGAUGACCAAAAUUGGAGCAUCUCAUGCUGCAAAAAAAUUUGCAGUUUGUAAUACUAAAUGAGACAGGGGUUGGGGGAAAAUCCAGUUGCCCUUAGAAAUAGAUUCUGGACGGAUUUGGAUAUGGGUUAUAUAUCAUUACUUUUUGACUUGUGAAUAUAUAUAUUUACAUUCUUGAUCUUCCA